AUGUCUGGGAAUGUCGAAGCUUUCACCCUCCUCUCGUUCGUCGUAGUCAUCAUUGUUCUCCGGACAGUCGUUCGCUUGAGAAGUGUCGGACUGCGGGGGCUACAUCUUGACGAUUACCUCAUGCCCAUCGCUGCUAUACUCUGCAUAGUCGACUUGAUAGCGGCGAUUUAUGUCGUAACUGGGGCCAAUGGCUUGAGCAACAGUUACAUGACAGACGAGGAGCGUGCCGCUCUCUCCCCGGACUCGCAGGAAUACGCGCACCGUGUCCUGGGAUCCAAAAUCCAGGUUUUCGGCUGGACCCUCUACGCCGCUAGCCUGUGGUUAAUCAAGGCCUGUGUCGCCAUCUUCUAUUCAAGGCUAACUGCGAACCUGGCCCGGUUGCAAAUUCGCGUUUAUAUCGCGUACGCCUUCAUCGGUGGUACUUGGGUAAUCACGACUUGCCUUCUCCUUUUCGGUUGUCGGCCCAUGUCAAAAUACUGGCAGAUCAACCCGGAUCCUGGGAUCUGCCAACCUACCAACUCCAAACUUUAUGUUCUCUCCGUCAUGAUCCCUGAUAUUCUCACCGACGUGUACUUGCUAUCUAUCCCUUUACCGGUACGUCACUCCGAACAGCUUCUCUGGGCCGUAAAUAUCAGCCUCAAGAAGAAGAUUUCACUGACACUCCUGUUUUCCGGCGUCAUCUUCGUCAUUGUGGCAGCCAUCAUCCGUGGAGUCGUCAUUCUUAAUUCCGGUCCCGAGGGCGCCGUUUCUGGCAGCGAAUGGGCCAUCCGGGAGGAAUUCGUCUCCAUUGUCGUUUCCAAUCUCCCCAUCCUGCACUCACCGAUUCGAACCUUUUGCAACAAGAUCGGGCUCAGUGCCUUGUUCUCCACACACAACACCAGCAACGCCACGCCCUUCGAAGGCAGGACCAUCGGAGGUGGAGGUGGAGGCGGCUACCCACUCCGGAGGUCCAAGAAAGAUCCGAAUGGGACCGUGGCCUGGGGGAGUGAUGAGCAGAUCCUAUGCGAAAACGGCGCGCAAAACCCUGGCAAAGACAUUGUCGUGGGUCGGGAGAUUGCGGUCGAGUCCGAGGCCGGAUCGGUCAGAGGGCCGACCGGGUGGAGUGCGUCAGCAGCGAGUGACUGGAACACUCAGCCGGCAUCAAGAGGAGGUUAGUGCGUAGGAGUUAUUCGUAGUGAGGUAGCUUGUGUCAUUAUCCAUUCCCAAAGACCAGUGCCUCUACUCUCCCCCACAACUACUGUCUCCGAUGCUGUUAUCUGCGGCUUCAAGGGCUGCCUCAGCCAACACCGAACUCGAGCCCCGUGCCAUUUGGCUGACAAGUCCCCGGCCCUUAUGGCAUAUGAUGAACUUGUCUCGCGGCACUCGUCGUUU